AACCGCUUUGACACCUCUAAAAAAAUAUACUGCCUUAAAAAAACCCACCUCAAACGGGCCUAAUUUCCUCAAAACACUAUGCUUCAAAGUUUAAAUCUUCCUCUCAAGUCUCAAUAUCUGACUAGUUUUACCCGAAUGAAAUGCUUCUUCUCCGUCGAACCGCCACGCUCAUAUUCUCAGCCCCCCUCUCCGUCCAACCCCUCCGCCGCCACCACCACCACAUUUCUCCGGUGAACCCCGACCACCUCCUCCGAGUGUGUACCAUCCUGUACCAGCAGCAGAACUCGCCCGAGCCACGACUCACCUCCAAACUCGCCUCGUCCGAGUUCCAACUCACCCACGAGUUCUUCCUCCAGGUAUGCAACAAAUUCCCCUAUUCAUGGCGACCAGUUUACCGUUUCUUCCUCUACACGCAAUCCCUCCCUCACUUCACCCACUCCCCCGUCUCCUUCAACAAAAUGCUCGACGUAGUAGGCAAGUCCCGCAACAUCGACCUCUUCUGGGACCUUCUAAACGACAUGGCGCGUCGUCAUUUCGUCAACGACAAGACCUUUGUCAUUGCUCUGAGGACUCUGGGUGGUGCCAGGGAGCUUAAGAAGUGCGUGGAGUUUUUCCACUUGAUGAAUUCAAACGGGUGUGAAUACAAUUUGGGAACUUUGAAUAAGGUGGUUGAGGCAAUGUGUAAGAGUAGGCUUGUUGAUGAGGCCAAGUUUGUUGUUUUCAAGUUGAGGGAGUGUGUUAGGCCUGAUGGGGUGACAUACAAGAAUUUGAUUAUAGGGUAUUGUGAUAAGGGUGAUUUAGUUGGGGCUUCUAAAGUUUGGAACUUGAUGGAGGAUGAGGGGUUUGAGGCUGAUGUUGAUGCUGUGGAGAAAAUGAUGGAGACCUUUUUUAAGGUGAAUGAGUAUGGUGAGGCUUUGAGGCUUUUUGAGACAAUGAGGUUCAAGAGGAUGAAUGAGCUUGGGGCUUCCACUUAUGGGCUGGUGAUUAGGUGGUUGUGCAAGAAGGGGAUGAUGGCCCGGGCUCAUGAGGUGUUUGAGGAAAUGCGCGAGAGGGGUGUUCGGGUCAAUGACUCGACGCUGGGGGAUGUUGUGUAUGGGCUUCUAACGAGGAGAAGAGUUAGAGAGGCUUAUCGGGUUUUUGAAGGGAUUGAGGUGCCGGAUUUGUGUGUGUAUCACGGGUUUAUAAAGGGGCUUCUGAAGCUCAGGAGGGCCGGUGAGGCGACUCAGGUGUUUAGGGAGAUGAUAAGGAGAGGUUGCGAGCCGACUAUGCACACGUACAUAAUGCUGCUGCAAGGGCAUUUGGGGAGGAGGGGGAGAAAAGGGACCGAUCCACUUGUGAAUUUCGACACUAUUUUUGUUGGGGGGAUGGUGAAGGCAGGGAAGUCAAAGGAAGCUACUAAGUACGUGGAGAGGGUGUUGAACAGAGGAAUGGAGGUGCCAAGGUUUGAUUAUAAUAAGUUUUUGCACUACUUUUCAAAUGAGGAAGGUGUGCAUAUGUUUGAGGAUGUGGGAAAGAAGUUGAGAGAGGUGGGGUUGGUUGAUUUGGCAGAUAUACUUGAUAGAUAUGGGCAGAAGAUGGCUACUAGGGAUAGGAGAAGGGACAGAAGUCCAAUAACUGAAGAUUAAAAUGACUGAUAUCAGACACUGUUAAUCAGGCUGUGUAAAUCAUAGACUAUGUAAAUUUAUGUCAAAAACCAAAUUUUAUUGGAAAUAAAGUAGGUGAUUGAUGAAAUCUAAACAUUUUUAAGCUUAGUAACAGUGGAGCAAUCUGCCCUGCAAGGAGCACAUGAUUCAGGUUUAUGUGCCCUUAAAUAUUAUAUAUCACUAUCAUCAUUGAUUUUCCAGUUUCAUAUACAAGCUACCUCUCCCUCUCGCUCUCUCUCUCUCCAAUUAUUGGAGGUUUCUAUGAAACCAUAAUUUAGAAAUAAUGGUUUAGGGUGAGCAUGUGGCAUUUACUGUUUCUGAAGAUCAGUUGCAUACUUUCAUUUGUUGUUCUUAUUCUUAUAUUUUUUGUGAGUUACGAUUGAUUAUUUUUUUAAAAAAAAAAAAAAACUCAGGGUAGAAAGACAUCUACAACUUUCUUGUUUCCAAGAUAAUCCAUCCUCAAAAGAUCACUGCAGUAUUGCUUGUCCUUUAUGGAACGUUUAUGUCAAUCAUGCUUUCCUAAUUUUAAGUAAUUGGAAUAAACACGUACUAUGUAGGCUUUAAAAUUUUGUACUUAAAAUGAUUAAUAACAAAUCCUUUGGCUUACUUUUGUUUUUGCUUCAUUAAACUUCUAAUACAAGUAGAGUGAUACUAAAACCUUACGGGAUCGACUUUAUUGCAUUAGUGGAUUCUUGAUUUUUGUAUCAACCUUUUUCUUGAACGGUAUUUUUGGUUCUGUAUGGUUAUUUGUCGCAAUCCUUUCAACCUGUUAAUUUCCUUGAGCACAAUGUCUUGUUCUAAGUAGGUUCAUAAAUGUGAGUUAUUUAUUUAUUUUAAAAUACAUUGAAUGCCAAUCAAUACCCAUUCUUUUUCUUCAUAUAUUUUUUAUUUGUCUGAUCUCACAAUUUGAAAGUGGUAUGAUAUUGUGAUGCAACGUUAUGCAUAUUAGAAAAUUGAAAAUGGCAGUGUUAAAGUUGAAUUCAUUUCUCAAACAUGAAGAUUGAAGAAGGUGCUGCUCAUUUAUUAAGAUUCAGAAAUGUAUGAAAGAGCACUGUUGCACUCACUACUCUUCAGGUGAUUACUGGUUAGACUUCCUUUAGUCAGUUGAUCUUAGAAAGAUGAUUUUCUGCUGGGAGUUAUGUUGCAGACCAAAAUAAUGGAGUGAAAGACUCUAGCAAAGCACCCCCAAAUUACCUAUGCCAGAUUUGGAUAAUCAUUUCAAAGAUAUUUAUUUUGGAUUGAACAAAUCUUAAAAGCUUUUGGAAGCAUGUGAAAAUGGUCAAGCAUUCCACAUGAGAGCCUAUGUAUGAGAGAAUCCUUGGACAACUAGUUUUAGAUUUUAUAUGAACACUUGUGCGCUUGUAUGUUUAAGAAUGACAGUAUGAAUCACUUUGUUUUCAUUAAUAUGUAUUGCCUCAGUCCCAA